UGGGUUGUAAAUAUCGUUGAGACUUGAGAGAGAGUAGGAGAGUAGAUCGGAACAGAAAGAUUUACACCGAAGAAAGUGGAUAUCUGUUAAAAGAAAAUAUCUAGAAGUGAAAGAGAAGAUAGUAUAAAGUAGGAAGUAGAGUUGUGAUGAUGGGAGGAGUCAAAAAUAAAAUCCGAAACGACAAGGUGUUGGAAUUAAGCUGGGAUUACUCUUGAAUCAUAUAAAAGGACAGAAGGAGUGACCUCUGACCUUCCCUUCCCUUGAGUUGUCUGUGUCACUAACUCUGAUUGUUUCUCUUUUUCCAUUACUAUAUUAACGAAGUUUCGCGAAUUCUAGAAUAGCAGGGUUGGCAAGAGAAGCCAAACAAAACUACAAAAGAGGAGAGGAGAGAAGAGAAGGAUCAUUCAGGGAGGUUGAUCGUCGCCUUCCUGAUUUUCGACCGUCUCUUCUCUCUUUUUACAUUCAGAAGCCGCAGCCGCCGCCGCCGCCGCCGCCGCCGCAUCCGCAUCCGCAGCCUCCGCCGCAUCCGCAUCCGCAGACAGAUUGUUAAUCUGCUGAAACAAUGAUGAGAAUGUUGGCUCAAGUCUUAAUGGGGACUCAAGGAGGGGGUCAAUCCCUCUUCUCCACCAUUAAAAUCGCCAUCCUCCCCAUUGCUAAGGUCUUUACCAUGUGCUUCCUCGGCUUUCUUAUGGCCUCUAAGUAUGUCAACAUUCUUCCUACCAGCGGCCGCAAAUUGCUCAAUGGGCUGGUUUUUACUCUUCUACUCCCUUGUUUGAUAUUCUCCCAAUUAGGUCAAGCUAUUACUCUCCAAAAGAUGAUGGAAUGGUGGUUUAUCCCCUUCAACGUCGUCCUCGCCACUAUAUCAGGCUCACUCAUUGGCCUACUUGUCGCAACGAUAGUCCGCCCUCCCUACCCUUUCUUUAAGUUCACCAUUAUACAUAUUGGAAUUGGAAACAUUGGCAAUGUGCCUCUUGUCUUGAUUGCAGCUUUGUGUAGAGAUCAGGGUAAUCCUUUUGGCGAUUCAGACAAGUGCAGUCGAGAUGGAACAGCCUAUAUUUCAUUUGGCCAGUGGGUUGGUGCAAUUGUCCUGUAUACAUAUGUAUUCCAAAUGCUAGCACCGCCUCCUCAAGGGACCUUUGAUGUUGAAGGUGGACAUGUUCCAAUUAAAAGUCAACAGCAUAAUGGAAGUGCAACACCAGAACAAGUUCCUUUACUUUCUCAAGAACCAGGGAUGGUGGUAUCAAAUGUAUCAAACAAAGGAAAGAUCAAGGAGCUAAUGAUGUUCAUAUAUGACAAGCUAAAGCUCAAACAACUCAUACAGCCUCCUAUUAUUGCUUCUGUAUUGGCAAUGAUACUGGGCUGUGUGCCUUUCUUGAAGAGUUUAAUCUUUACAACUGAUGCUCCACUGUAUUUUUUCACUGACAGCUGUAUGAUUCUUGGAGAGGCUAUGAUUCCAUGCAUUUUGUUGGCAUUAGGAGGCAACCUUGUGGAUGGUCCUGGAAGUUCAAAACUUGGUUUCAGGACAACUGCCGCAAUCAUAUUUGGGCGGUUGCUUUUGGUUCCAACAGCAGGGCUUGGCAUAGUGACUCUAGCGGAUAAGUUGGGCUUUCUUCCUGCUGGUGACAAGAUGUUUAAAUUUGUACUGCUCCUCCAGCACACAAUGCCGACGUCUGUGCUUUCAGGUGCUGUUGCCAACUUACGAGGAUGUGGGAGGGAAUCGGCUGCAAUACUUUUCUGGGUUCAUAUCUUUGCAAUUAUUUCAAUGGCUGGAUGGAUUGUGCUAUACAUUCACAUACUCUUCUAAAAGGACUUUCUUUGCCUGAUCUGAAUCUAGUUGUGGUUAUUAAAUAUUAGCUUUGAAUUGUCAAGAUCAAAUUUUAAUUGUUAGUUCUAAACUUCUGAUGGAUAUUGAUUGGUCAAAUGUCUGACCUAGAAUAUGAAAGAAAGUCAUUUAGGGGCUAGGCUAGAGGUAGUACUUGGCUAUAUGGAGUACAAUAUGAAGGGUUGAUAUAAUUUGUCCUUGGGUAGGGAUGAAAUUUUGAGGAUCUCUGCCUGUUAGAACUUACAAGUCUAAUUGGAGCGAUCCGUCUUGAAUCUUGAUAAUAAAAGAAAAAAGAAGGGUUGUACAAAGGUAUUGGAGAAGCAGCUUUGUGUAGAUGCUACUGGUCUUGAUCAGUAUGUGAAUAUAUAAUAUGUUGUGCUGGUUAAUGCCUUCAAAACUCUCUGGUCACUAGUCAUGUGUGCUGUGUAAUUAGUAUGAACAACAGUGUCGAAUAAAAUACGUUGCCCUUUUUUUAAUA